AUGAAAACUAAAAUAGAAUUAAAAUUUUUGGGUGGUUUAGAAAGUUAUUUAGAAAACAAAUCAAAAAAUCAUGUAACAUUUGAAAUAGAAUCUGAAGAAUUAAAUUUUGAAAAUUUAAUAGCUUAUGUAAGGAAUUAUAUAAUAGUUGAAAGAAAAGAUGUUUUUUCUGAUUAUGUGGUAAGAAGUGAUAGUUCAAAAAUGUGUAAAGUGUUAGUUGACGAUAUUGAAUAUUCUAAUUAUAAUUUAAAUGAUAAAGCAAAAAUAAAACCAGGAAUUAUCGUUUUAGUUAAUGAAUAUGAUUGGGAGAUUUUAGAUACAUACUCUUAUAAAAUUCAAAAUAAUGAUAAGAUAUGCUUUUUGUCAACAUUACAUGGCGGCUAA